CUGGGAAAUGAGAGCAAUUUCCUCUAUACAUUGUUGGAAUGCUACCGCCUCCGCCGCCUCGGCCGCCUCCGCCGCCUGCGAGAGCUCUACCUGGGAGAAAACCCCUUCUCCGGCACAUUACCGGUGAACCUGAGCUCCUGCACCAGCAUGACCAACAUUGGGCUCUACAACACCAAGCUUAGCGGGCGCAUCCCGGCUGAGCUCGGCGAGAAGCUCACGUCCCUGACAGUGAUCUCGCUGAGAAACAACAGCUUCACGGGGCUCAUCCCGGCGUCACUGGCCAAUCUGUCCCGUCUACAGGUCCUGGACCUCUCCGAUAACCAGCUCAUUGGCUCGAUUCCGCCGGGGCUCGGCAGCAUCCAGAGCAUGCGUUUUUUCAAUCUCUUUGGGAACAACCUCUCCGGUAUGCUUCCACCUUCUCUCUACAAUUGGUCGUCGAUGGGAGCAUUUGAAGUAGGGUUUAAUAUGUUGCAUGGGAACAUUCCGGACGAUAUUGAUAGCAAGUUCCCCAAGUUGUAUUAUCUUGGCUUGGGCACCAAUCACUUCACAGGAACCAUCCCUUCCUCAGUAUCCAACAUAUCUUCCCUUGAAACAAUUGGCCUCGACCACAAUGGACAAUAGGAUCUCAAC